CUUACUCUCUUGCUCUUUCAGAUUUGCUUGUCCUACAGGCAACUGGAUGGAAUAGCAGAGCUCUCUUCUCCUCCUCUUCCCCAUUCUCCCCUCUUUUCUGAGAAGUCACUUCAAGGAGGCAGACGCGGAGCACCAGUGAACUUACUAACGGGACACACACACACUCAAACAUACGGACAGAGAGUAAGAGUGAGAGAGAGAGAGAGAGAGAGAAGGGGGGGUUGGAAUCGUCUUCAGUGGAACCAGGAUAACCCCUUGGACUGGCUGGACUGGCAUCAGGAGCUUAAGGACGGGCUGAGAGGGUUUGUUGGGACUGGGUGGUUUUUCUCAUCCCAGACAUCAUGGGGUGGCCACAGGGUCAUGUGUCCUGGCCAGUGGGGUCAUCAGGCAGAAUGACAGGCCUGAAGACACUGGCUCUUCGACUACUCUUCCUCACCUGCGUGUCCUCUUUCUCUACUCCACUACCCAGAGUCUUCCUCACUUUCAAUGAGCUCGAGGCCUCUCAGUCCUUUGAGCACUACGCUCUGAGUGAGAGUCCCAUGGACUAUCGAAUCCUGCUGAUGGACGAGGAUCAAGACCGGAUGUAUGUGGGCUGCAAGGACCACGUCCUGUCCGUGGACAUCAACAACAUCACCCAAGGCACACUUAAAGUGUUCUGGCCCGCCUCCGUCGUCAAGAUCGAGGAGUGCCAUAUGGCUGGUAAAGACCCUACGCAUGGCUGUGGAAACUUCCUCAGGGUCAUCCAGCCUUUCAACAGGACCCAUCUGUUCAUCUGCGGGAGUGGAGCGUACAGCCCUGUCUGCGCGUACAUCAACAGAGGUCGCCGGCCAGAGGAGAAAAUGUUCCAGAUUGCCUCUCGGGCUGAAUCAGGGAAGGGAAGAUGUUCCUUCAACCCACAGGUCAACACAGUCUCUGUCAUGCUGAACCAGGAGCUGUUCUCCGGCAUGUACAUCGACUUCAUGGGCACAGAUGCCGCCAUUUUCCGGAGUCUGACCACCAGGAACGCUGUGCGGACCGACCAGCACAACUCCAAAUGGCUGAGCGAGCCCAUUUUCAUCGACGGCCAUCUGAUACCAGACGGGUCCGACCCCAACGACGCCAAGCUUUAUUUCUUCUUACGAGAGCGGCUCACGGACAACAGCGGCAACACAAAGAACAUCCACACCAUGGUGGCCCGAGUGUGUCCAAAUGACACUGGGGGCCAGAGAAGUCUGGUGAAUAAGUGGACCACCUUCCUGAAGGCCCGGAUGGUGUGUUCUGUGCUGGAGGAGGAUGGCACAGAGACCCACUUUGAUGAGCUUGAGAGUGUCUUUUUGCUGGAGGCCGACAACCCCAAAGGUCUCCUGGUGUUUGGCGUCUUCACGUCCACAAGCUCCGUAUUUAAAGGUUCAGCAGUGUGUGUGUACAACAUGGCCGACAUCCUGACCGUCUUCAAUGGGCCGUUCGCCCACCGGGAGGGCCCCAACUUCCAGUGGGUGGCCUUCCAAGGACGCAUCCCCUACCCAAGGCCAGGCACCUGUCCUGGUGGGGCCUUUACACCCCACAUCCAGAGCACCAAAGAGUUCCCCGAUGACGUGGUGACGUUCGUCAGGAACCACCCCGUCAUGUUCAAUCCCAUCUACCCUGUGGGCAGGAGGCCGCUACUGGUGCGGACACACGCCGACUACAAAUACACCUCCAUCGCUGUGGACCAGGUCACAGCAGCAGACGGCCAGUACCAGGUCCUCUUCCUGGGCACAGACAAAGGCACAGUCCAGAAGGUGAUCGUCCUGCCCACAAACGGUUCCCUGGACGAGGAUCUGAUCCUGGAGGAGCUGGAAGUGUUUAAGACUGGUGCUGCCGUGACCAAUUUGCGAAUCUCAUCCAAGAAGCAACAGCUAUAUGUGAGCUCGGAACAUGGCCUGUCCCAAGUGUCUCUGCACCGUUGCCAUGCCUACGGUGCAGCCUGCGCCGACUGCUGCCUGGCCAGGGACCCCUACUGUGCCUGGGACGGACUUAGCUGCUCUCGCUUCUACCCCACGGGGAAAAGGCGCAGUCGGAGACAGGACAUCAUCCACGGCAACCCACUAACCCAGUGCAGAGGUUUCAAUUUAAAGGCCUACAGGAAUGCAGCGGAGCUGGCCCAGUACGGGAUCAGGAACAACACCACCUUCCUGGAGUGCAUGCCCAAGUCUCCGCAGGCCUCCAUCAAGUGGCUCAUCCAGAGAGACAACGACCGGCGGAAAGAGGUGAAGCUUAGCGACCGCGUGGUCUCCACCGAGCACGGCCUGCUCAUCCGCUCCGUGCAUCCCUCCGACCAGGGCCUCUACUACUGCCUGACCACCGAGAACGGCUUCAAGCGCACCGUGGCCAAGCUGCGCCUGCGCGUGCUGAGCGAGGCUCUGGUCAGCGCCCUGACCAGCAAGCAGCAGUCACCCUGGGGCUGGGCGGCGGCGCUGCAUCCCAAGGCCCUGGUGUCGGCCUUCAGCCCGGCGGACGCCCUGGCCAUGCAGCAGUACUGCAAGGAGCGCAAGCAGCUCCAGAGCCUGGCACCCGCCACUAGAGGCGACCUGGGCAAGCUGGGCAAGCUCAAGCCGCUGCUGGACCGCACCAAGAGCCGUAACCGCAGGAACCACCAGCCCCCGGAGUAGACGGUGGGGGAGGGAUGGGAUGGGAGUAGGGAGGGAGAUGGAGAGGAGGACAAAUGGGGGCGGGGGGGGGGGGGGGAAUGAUUGACUGAGCAUCUGGGGAAUGCCUUUGGUUAAGCCACGCUCCAAUGGACUUUUUUUCUACAUGAAUGUUACGGGCUGCCCCUGCCUGCAUUGGGCCCGCACAUUGGAGAAAGAGUGAUGGCAAUACUGAAGAGAGAGAUAGAGAGAGGGAGAGGGAGGGGAGCUUCCUGCACUGCCUCUACAGUAGUCUUACGUGCAUGAGGUACUCAAUGACUGUGACCUAUGCCAGCAUGAACACACACACACACACACA